UGAGAAUAUCCUGAGAAACUGUACAGACACUGCCACCGGUCGCUGUGCUCUAUUCAUAUCCUUGUUCUGCUCUAAUACAUCGAGGCUCUUGCUUUUGUCGAAGACUCCAUCGUUAUUUCGUUGGACAGACAGAGGCGUCCGAAAACAAGAUGCAGAUCUUCGUCAAGACCCUUACGGGCAAAACUAUCACCCUCGAGGUUGAAUCCUCUGACACCAUUGACAAUGUUAAGGCGAAAAUUCAGGACAAAGAAGGAAUUCCCCCUGAUCAACAGCGACUCAUUUUCGCCGGAAAACAACUUGAGGAUGGACGUACUCUGAGUGAUUACAACAUUCAGAAAGAAUCCACCCUUCACUUAGUGCUGCGUCUUCGUGGUGGUGCCAAGAAGCGUAAGAAGAAAACUUACAAUACUCCCAAAAAAAUCAAGCACAAGCGCAAGAAGGUUAAGAUGGCCAUCUUGAAAUACUAUAAGGUGGAUUCGGAUGGCAAAAUCAAACGACUCCGCCGUGAAUGUCCUACUGCUGAAUGCGGUGCCGGAAUUUUCAUGGCCUUCCACAAGGAUCGCCAGUACUGCGGCAAAUGCGGCUUGACUUACACGUUUACUCCUGGUACCAAGCCUCCGGCAGUUUAAAGGGGAUGUGUGCCGUAGGCUAUGCACUUUAGGGUUCACUACAUUAUGUUAUGCUCUUAUACAUGCCAAUGACAGUCUUGCUCCUUGUUAUCCUUGUUGUCAGUAUCCUUUGCCUGCCUUGAUAUGAUAU